AUGAUUAAUUUGUUACCAAUUUCUCCAAUUUCAUCAUUCGUCAUAUUGUUUGGUGCACUUGCUAAGAAGAAGCAUUAUUAUGAAGUGAUUUCGCUAUAUAAGAGGUUGAAUUCAAUUGGGUUGUCUCCAAAUUAUAUGUGUUUGAAAAUUUUGAUGAAUUGCUUGUGCAAUAUUAAAAGGGUUUCUGAUGGUUUUGCGGUUUUGGGGAAAAUUUUGAAAAAGGGUUUUAGCCCAGAUACUGUGACUCUUACGUGUUUGAUUAAAGGUCUGUGUAUAGAGAAAAAGAUUAUGGAGUCAAGAGAGUUGUUUAAGAAAAUGGUUGCUGUUGGUUGUAGGCCUGAUGUGAUCAAUUGCAACACUUUGAUGGAUUGUAAUAAAGAAGUCAAAGAAGCUCUUAGUCUUUAUCGGAAGAUGAUUUCAAAAGGAAUUAGGCCUGAUGUGAUUACAUAUAACACCUUGUUAACUGGUAUUUUUGGAAAAGCCAAGAUAAAAUAUGCAUGGAAAUUAGUUGAUGAGAUGCAACUUAAUGGUGUUGUGCCUAAUUCUUUGACACAUAGCAUUUUCCUUGAUGGACUUUGCAAGAAUGGAUGUAUUUUGGAAGCAGUGGCAAUGUUUAAUACUCUAGUAAAUAAUAAGUCUGCAUUUAGCCUUGAAAGCUUGAAUUCCCUCAUUGAUGGAUUAUGUAAAACAGGGAGAUUCGAAAUUGCUUGGGAGCAAUUUAAAAAAUUCUCUCUUCGUGAAAACCUACUGCUAGACGUUGAAACAUAUAGCAUCUUGAUCAAUGGGCUUUGUAAAAAUGAACAACUAGAAAAGGCAAAUGAGUUGUUGUCACAUAUGGAGGAAAAAGGUUGUGCUCCAAAUGUUCUGGAAUCUGGGAGCAAUGGCCUUGUUCUUACUAUCAUCACUGGGCUGUUUGGAAUCAGUUUCAAUGGAAUUCCAGGAGCAGAGAAUGCAGUAUACGCAUGUAUUAGAAAUUUGCUUGUAGAAAUUAGAAGCCACCUGUUUAUUUAA